AUGAAACUUCUAAUAUUUUUAAUCUUGCUCGCCGGGGUGAACUAUUUUUUUUUUUAAUUUUUGAAUGUGACAAAAUUUUCAGAUUUCCGCGCUUCGAAUUCAGAAUUUGUGUGAUGCGAACAAGUCCGAAAUAUCGGUAAAACUUCUCACAAAUUUGAAAAACACCGAAAAAAAUCAAAAAGAUGUUGGAAAUGUAGUGAAGUUUGUGAAGGUUGGUGGAAAAAAAGAAACAAAACCUCAUAAUCUCCUUCCAAGUUCUCAAAUUUCGAUGGGAAAUAAUUUGUCAAGAUUUUUUUCGCUCUGAAAUUGUUUGUUUUUCCCACGAAGUUCGAAAAGGUCAGAAAAAUAGACCGAAAAGCAUCAGACAUUUUAUAGUUCAUACGAAAAAACUUUAAUUUCUUCUUUUCCCGAGUGACGAAUAAUUCACAUUUUUUUUCAGAACUUGCAAUCUUCCACAAUUCAAACUUCAAUAAUCGAAUAUAAUUCAAAAAUCGCUGUUGAAAUCGAAAUUCCCAAAAGUAUGGGUUCUUGUGAUGACGUUAAUGGAUUUUUCGAAGAAUUGAAACAAAAAUAUAAAGAAAUUGUUGGAAUUCUGGCGAAUUGCGGUAAUGAAGUUAAUAUAAUUGUUUGAGUUAUGCGAAAAAUAAAUAAGUUAUUUUUCUUUUUUUUUGCUAAAAUUUCUCAUAAAUAUGUUUUUAUACUUGUCUUUGUGAGAAAAUUAAUCUCCAAUUUUCAAGUUUUUCUUGAAAAAAAUUCCAUGGAACUUAUUUACUCAAUUAAUUAUUUUCAUUCACAGACAUUUUUUUUAUUUUUCAGCAUUAUAAAAUUUUCCUGAAAAACAAUCCGAUUUUUUUUCAAAAUGAAAUUUUCAAACGAAAAUAAAGAGGACAACUUCUGAAAUAUUUAUUACUUCAAUAUUCAGGUCGAAAAUUCAUCUUAAAAUAUAAAAUUAGGCAUUUUGACUGAAAAUAUCAAAUUUCAUGUAUUUUUGCAGAAAUAAUUUCAUUGUCUCAAAAAAAAUCAAAAAUCCAACCCUUUUAUAUAAUAUUACAAAAACAAGUCAAGAAUUCUUUGUUUUUCGUUCAAAAUUUCACUUCAAUAUUGGAAUUGUAGUAUGAACGUCAUAUUUUAUCCAUCAGUGCAUUUUUUUGUUAUUUUUUUUUGAAAAUAAAGAAUCUUUGCCCAAAAGAAGUCAUUUAGAAAAAUUGUGUUUUUGUCAAGUUUAAAAUUUCGCUGUUUUUUGUUCAGCGGAAGUUGUUUCAUGUCGAGAAAUUGGAUAAUUGUGUUUACCAAAAAGAGUCCUUUUUCAUGAUUAUUAUAUAAGAUUUAAAGGACUACAAUUCUUGUUUACUGAAUUCUUGUUUUACUCGUUCAAAUAAUUAUGAAUAAUAAAUAUACUUGAGUAUUCAUGUUGAAAAAUAGAAAAAAAAUCCGAAUUCUGAAUACAUAGACAUGAUCUUUUCUUGUUUUCUAUAAUUACUUUCAAAUUUUUUUGUGCUACAAUGUACUUUUUUCUUGUUUUGUUUUUGGCCUCUGAAAAAUAUCAGCAACCACGUUAGAACCUCGCCGAAAAUCUAAUUAUUUUUCGCAAUAACCGCAAGUUCUUCGGCACAAAAAAUCAUAAACUAGAAAAAUCCAGCCCACUUUUUUUCUGUUCAAUCACAUUUUUUCAGAUGACUACUGAGACCGAUAUUGAAAUAAUUCGAACUUGUCUUCUUGUUUUUGCGAUUAUUGGGAUUUUUGGAAAUAUUAAUAUAAUAUUAGCAACAAGAAAGAAUAGUAGUCUUCAACAUAAAUGUGGUAUUCUUUUGGCUAUUUUGGCAGUUUGUGAUUCAAUUUGUUUGAUCAAUGAAUUUCAAAGUUUUUUGAGAAUGACUCUGAAAGUUGGAGAAACAACACUAAAGUUUGUUUUUUUGUAUCUAUAGGGAAAAUUAUAAUUGAAAUUGUUUGUUUUCAGAAAAUGUUUCUAUGCGAAUAUAACUUAUAUAUUAAUUGAACCUCUCGAAGUUUAUAUGAUUUUUAUUCUGGCAGUUGAUCGUUUGAUUGCAAUCAACUUCAGUGUUUUCUACAGAACAAUUCGAAAAACAAAAUAUGUUUUGUCAAUGUUAUUACCAGGUUUGGUGAUAGGUGCUAUAUUUCUGAUAUGGAGUUUUGUAACUCUAUCAAACCCUGUUGUUGAUACUUGUAUUCUACCCUAUGCAAUGCCAGAAAUUGUUUCAUAUUGGUGGAAUCAAUAUAAUCUUUGGGGUGCAGUUGGAACUCUUUUGGUAUAUUUAUACACAUAUAUAACAGUUUAUUGUUGCAGUAAGUUAAUUGAAUUUUGAGCUUUGGAAUUCGUCUUUUUCAGCAUUCAAACAGAAAAAUGAGAAAAACUUGCAAAUUCAAAAAACAAUAUUGAAUACAGUUAUUGUCGGUGCUGCUGUUUUCUCAAUUUCUUCUGUUUUAUCUGCAACACUUAUAGCACUUUUCACAAAUAUGAAGAAUCCGCCAAUUGAUCCGGAUACAGUAUCAACUUAUGCAGUUAUCCCAGGUGAAUCAUGAUUUCUCGAACACUUUUCGGGAUAUCUAAAUUCAAUUUUCGCAUUCGUAAUCCAAUAAAAACUUUAAGGUUUGAUCUCAUAUUCAUGCAAUUUUUAUGUGUAUUUCUGGCGAAGUAGCGACUACCGUAAUGCAUUUGUUAAACAACUUUGUUGUGGGCGAGUUUUGGCGAGUCAAGAGAAUUUGGUAUCAUUUGCACCGCCUUCAUCAAUGAUGUCAAAGAAAUCAAGUUCAGUUUCAGUUAUGUAUAGAAGAGCAGACGGGGCUUAA